GUGAAGGAGGAGGAGGAGAGAGAAGGGAGCCUGGCGGAGGAGGCGGAGCCGGCUCUUUAGCCCGGCCGGCCUGGACUCCGCCGCCUGCCUCAGCAGCAGCCACAGCAUCGAGAGCAAGCAAGAGAAGUCCCGAAAAUGGAUCUCGGAAGUUAAAUGAGAGUUGAUGAAAUACAUCAAUGAAGAAGUUUCUGCUUUACAUGUUUUAGGGAUAGAACUCCAAAAGACUUGAAACGGUCAGACUUGCCUGUGCUUUCAUAAUGAAGAAGAUUAGUCUCAAGACUAUUCGUAAGUCUUUUAAUUUAAAUAAGAGCAAAGAUGAAAGUGACUUUGUUGUAGUCACACAGCCGUCACUGAAUGAUUUUGGAAAAGAUGACUCCUUGUUUGGGAGCUGCUAUGGUAAAGAUUUGGCUGGCUGUGACAUCAAUAGUGAAGAUGAGAAAAGUGGGAAGAACAGAUCAAAAAGUGAAAGCUUAAUGGGUACGUUAAAAAGAAGACUUUCAGCAAAACAAAAGCAGAAAGGUGGCAAAGGUAGUACACCUUCUGUAAGUUCUGCUGAUGAUGAUACCUUUUCGUCAUCUUCUGCUCCAAUAACCUUCAAAGAUGUGAGAACUCAAAGACCUCUUAGAUCCACAUCCCUCCGAAAUCAUCAUUAUAGCCCAACUCCAUGGCCUCUUCGUCCAACAAACUCGGAAGAAACAUGUAUAAAAAUGGAAGUGAAAGUGAAAGCCUUGGUCCACUCAUCAAAUCCAAGUCCUGCACUGAAUGGUGUUCGCAAAGAUUUCCAUGACUUGCAGUCAGACAGCAUGUUCCAGGAACAAAACAAUGCAUUAAAAAGUACAGAAUCUCAGAAUGGAGAUUUACAUCUCCAUAUUGAUGAACAUGUGCCUGUAGUUAUUGGACUUAUGCCUCAGGACUACAUUCAGUAUACUGUGCCUUUAGAUGAGGGAAUGUAUCCUUUGGAAGGAUCACGUAGUUACUGUUUGGAUAGUUCCUCACCCAUGGAAGUUUCGACUUCUUCUCAGAUGGGUGGUGGUGCAUUUCAUGAAGAGGAAGCUCCAGUGAGUCAAGAUGUAGUAGUUGCUCCAGAUAUCUUUGCGGAACAAAGUGGUUUAUUAAUUGGUACCACAGGAGUCAUGUUGCAAAGCCCAAGAGUUAAUCAGAGUGAUGUUCCUCCACUCUCUCCAUUGCUACCUCCACUACAGAAUAAUCAAAUCCAAAGGAACUUCAAUGGCUUGAAUGGCACAGAUGUCCAUGUGGCGGAAAGUAUGCGUUGCCAUUUGAAUUUUGAUCCCAACUCUGCACCUGGGGUGGGAAGGGUCUAUGAUUCUGUACAAAACAGUGGCCCCAUGGUUGUGACAAGUCUCACAGAAGAACUGAAAAAACUUGCAAAACAAGGAUGGUACUGGGGUCCAAUUACAAGAUGGGAAGCAGAGGGAAAACUGGCCAAUGUUCCCGAUGGUUCAUUUCUUGUACGAGACAGCUCUGAUGACCGCUAUCUUUUAAGCCUAAGUUUCCGUUCCCAUGGUAAAACUCUUCAUACUAGAAUUGAACAUUCAAAUGGUAGAUUUAGCUUUUAUGAACAACCAGAUGUGGAGGGACAUACUUCUAUAGUUGAUUUAAUUGAACACUCUAUCAGGGACUCUGAAAAUGGAGCAUUUUGCUAUUCAAGAUCUCGAUUGCCUGGAUCUACAACGUAUCCAGUCAGACUGACCAAUCCAGUAUCUCGUUUUAUGCAGGUGCGCUCUUUGCAGUAUCUGUGUCGCUUUGUUAUACGCCAAUAUACCAGAAUAGAUUUGAUUCAGAAACUGCCUUUGCCAAACAAAAUGAAGGAUUAUUUACAAGAAAAGCACUACUGAAGGCUUAUGGGAACCUUGCAACUUGCACUUUGGGAACAACAACAACGGAAAAAAAUUAAAGGAGAGAGAUUGAAAUACCGUUUACAAACUUUAAUUGCUAUUAGUCCUUUGCUGCCAUAAUUUCAUUUUUGUGCAUCAAGAAGAGUAAUGCAUUUUUAUUUGUUUAAUAGGUAGUCUGGGUUUUUCUUUUAAAAAUAAUGAUCUCAAGGUUUUUUAGAAGCAUCAAAUAGCUAUCUUUCAUUCAAUGUGCAAAGUAAUCACAAUGUGAAUGAUAUAAGAGUUUUCCUAAAACUCCCUGUCUCCUUUGCUGCUAAUCCACUGUGAUUUUUAUGCAUUUGAAACACAUUUCAUGUGUUUUUAACCAUAAGUAAAAGUUGAAACUUGA